AUGGCGGCUCUGAUUGAUGAGCUGAGAAGGGAGGGCUCUGUGCUGUUCUACCAGCCCUACAAACAGGCUGGCAGGCGCAGCGGGGAGCAGCCGCUGGUGAUUGUGAUGCAAGUGUCCUUCCAGGCGCGCAUGCUGGACCAGUUUGGGCGGCGGCUGGUGUUCAUGGACGCCACGUUUGGCGUCAACAAAUACGGCUACCCACUCUACGCGUUGGUGGUGCAAGAUGAGAGCGGGCGCGGGGUGCCGGUCAGCUUCAUGGUGUGCAGCUCGGAUACGGCGGAGGUGGUGGAGCACUUCCUGCGCACAUCGAUGGAAGGGAAGAAGCGCCGCACAGAGGCGGCAGUGGGGGCGGCGGUGUAG